ACGCCCCUCCGCUCCCAGCCUCACUUUCUCCCCGCGCUACCUAACAAAAACCCAACACGCCGGGCGUCACGUCACUCAGGGCUCGCAAACAUAAGCCAAGCAGUUCCCGCGCCCCGCUAAGCCCUCCGCGGUCACCGGGCAAAAGAGUGCAGGGAUCCCCAGCGGAACAACGAUCAGGGCGGCGCCGGCGAGAUGGAUCACGCGGCGGACGCGCACCGGACGGACCUGAUGACCAUCACGCGGCACGUGCUGAACGAGCAGAGCAAGUACCCGGAGUCCCGCGGCGACCUCACCAUCCUCCUCUCCCACAUCGUCCUCGGCUGCAAGUUCGUCGCCUCCGCCGUCAACAAGGCCGGGCUCGCCAAGCUCACCGGCCUGGCCGGCGAGACCAACGUCCAGGGAGAGGAGCAGAAGAAGCUGGACGUGCUGUCCAACGAGGUGUUCGUCAAUGCGCUCGUCAGCAGCGGCCGCACCUGUGUUCUUGUGUCCGAGGAGGACGAGGAGGCUACGUUCGUGGCCCCUGCGCUCCGUGGGAAGUACUGUGUCUGCUUCGAUCCCCUGGAUGGCUCCUCCAACAUCGACUGUGGCGUCUCCAUCGGAACCAUCUUUGGAAUUUACAUGAUCAAGAACCAAGACACCGUGACUCUGGAGGAAGUGCUGCAACCUGGGAAGGACAUGAUUGCUGCUGGAUACUGCAUGUAUGGAAGUUCCUGCACGCUUGUUCUUAGCACUGGAAAUGGUGUCAAUGGCUUCACGCUUGAUCCUUCUCUUGGAGAGUUCAUCAUGACUCAUCCAGACAUCAAGAUACCUCCAAAAGGAAAGAUUUAUUCGGUGAAUGAAGGGAAUGCGAAGAAUUGGGACACACCUACUGCAAAGUAUGUGGAGAAGUGCAAGUUCCCUACGGAUGGUUCAUCACCCAAGUCCUUGAGAUACAUUGGCAGCAUGGUUGCUGAUGUCCACCGCACCUUGCUAUACGGAGGUAUAUUUCUGUACCCUGCAGACAAGAAGAGCCCAAACGGAAAACUCCGUGUCAUGUAUGAAGUCUUCCCCAUGUCAUUCCUGAUGGAGCAAGCUGGAGGCCAGUCUUUCACAGGCAAAGAACGGGCUCUCGAUCUGAUCCCAACAAAGAUCCACGAGAGAUCCCCCAUAUUUCUCGGCAGCAGCGACGACGUGGAGGAGAUCAAGGCGCUGUACGCGGAACAGGCGAAAGCAACCUCGGCAUGAUCGGUCAUCCGAAAGGCGGUGUGAAUCGACACAACUCCCUGGCCUUACUGUAAUGUGAUCUUCAUCAGGCGUUUCUUUUAAUCAUGCGGCAUUCAGUAUUUCAGUGUAAUAUAGUGUGGAGGCCUCGAACAGCUUCCUGAGCGGCUAUGGCCUCUGCUCGUGUUACAACGAUUAAUCACUGAUAUACGGUCGUAAUAUUUCCGUCAAAAAAAUAAUAUACGGACAUACGGUCGUAAAACAUCAUCCACUUA